UUCGUCUCUUGGUGUGUCCCGCCUCUGUGCGGUCAAGCAGGAGGGGAAGACACCAAAGAAGAGGCUUGAGGUCAUAGGACGCUGGCCUUGCGCGCUGACUUGGCCGCCCCGGCCUCCGGCAGGCGCUCCCGGGCGGUGGCCCUUCCCGCGAGAGCCCGGGCCUGCUUGGCCAGCAGAGGCCCGGGCGGCAGCUCUGGGAGGAGGCGGGUCGGCCGGGCCUUGUCUCCAUCCGCGAUGCUCCCGAUUUCAAAAGGCUCCAGAGCAACUUUUGGGUCCUUUCUCCACAAGGAAAAGGAAUAGCAUCUCCGUCGCUCUCGUCACGGUGACUCCGGCCCCAAUGGCCCCCUGUCCCCGGGUCCCGGUGAGCACUCGGUGGCUUUGUUCCGGCCGUGGGUGUCGGUUACUGAAGUUUGAUUGGGAGAUUUGUCUUAAUGCCAGAUGGUCAGCACCUCAGUGGAAUAUUUUGGAUGGGAAAAAAUCCAGUGUGGUGGAAAUGGAGAGAAACUACAUUGGAGAGAUCAAUUUUAACCACUGUGAAGAAGCCUUGAGUUCACACUCAUGCCUUAAGGCUCAAAGGAAAACUUAGAUUAGAAAGAAAAUGUGUUAUCAGUGUGAAAAUGCCUUCAUAAAGAACUGUGCCCUUGAUCUACACAAGAAAACCCAUUCUGUAGAGAAUGCUCCUGUUAGUAAUCGGUGUGAAACAGCCUUCAACCAAAAUUUACACCUGGUUCACAAGAAAACUUUACACUCAAGAGAACCCUAUAAAUGCGCUGACUGUAAGAAAGGCUUACCUUCUUCCUCAUACCUUAGGGAAUGUAUAAGAAUUCAUGGUGGAGAGAGGACGUAUGCUUUUAAAGAACAUAGGAAAGCUCUUUCUCAUUCUACAAACCUUUUUGUACAUAUGCGAACUCAUAGAGAAAUACCCUAUGAGUGUAAAGGAUGUGGGAAGACUUUCACUCAAUCUUCUGUUAUUCAGCAUUUAAGAAUUCACAGUGGACUGAUGCCUGUGAAAUGUAAGAAACUUGAAAAAGCCUUUUCUUAUUCCCCAGAUCUUGCUAAGGUUAUAAGAUUUUAUACUAGAAACACUGUGUAAGGAGUGCAGCCCAGAGUUUACUUUUCUCAAAACAGUAUUCACAUGCGAAUUCAAACUGGAGAAAAACCUUAUAAAUGUAAGGAAUGUGGAAAAGCCUUUGCUAGUUCCUCAUACCUUACUGUACAUGUGAAGAUCACUGGUGAGAUGCCUUAUCAUUGUAAGCAAUAUGGGAAAAUGUUUAGUAUUUCAUCUUGCUUUAAAAGUCACCUGGAAACUCACCCUGAGGUAAAACCUUAUAAGCACUGUGGGAAAGCCUUUAUUUGAUUCUAAUUUCUAAUUCGACAUUUAAGAAUGCAUGAGUGCACAGAAAGACCUUUUGAAUGUAAGGAAUGUGGUAAAGCAUUUAGAUAAUCCUCCUACUUUAGUUAACAUAAAAGAAACACAUACUAGAGAGAAGCGUAUAAAGGUAAAAAAUGUGGGAAGACUUUCACUAUUUCAUCAGGCCUUACAGUACAAAUGAGAAUUCACACUGGUGAACAACCUUUUGAAUGUAAGGAAUGUGGGAAAUCCUUUACUCGAUCCACAUGUCUUAUUCAACAUUUAAGAAUUCACAGUGGGGAGAAGCCAUAUUAUGAGGAAUAUGGGAAAACCUUUAGUAAUACUUCAUACUUUUCUGAAUGUAUACACAUUCACACUUGAGAGAGAACUUAUGCUUGUAAAGAGUGUGGGAAAGCCUUUGAUACUUUCACACUUACUAAACGUACUAAUUCAUAGUGGAGGUAACCUUGUUGUAAGGAAUGUGGGAAGCCUUUUGCUCUGCCUUAUACUUUAAUAUUCAGCUGUGAGUUCACAGGUGUGAAAAUCUUACAAAUGUAAAAAGUAUAGGAUUUUUUUUAGUUUUUAUUUUCUGCUUUGGGAAAGUAUGAAACCACACAUAAUGAGAAAUCCUCUGAGUGAAAGGGAUAUAGGAAAGCCUUUGUUCUUUGUCAUUAGGAAACAUGAUUCACACUGGAGAAGAACCAUAAAUUAUAAAUAUAGGGAGUGUGGAAAAGGCUAUGUUAAUUUAUUGUAAAAGUCACA